AACACAAGUCCCUCAAAUGUUGUCAAAGCAUACUACAAGCAAUUUCAAAAGACUUAUCAAUUUUUCUCAAGUGUCGCGCAAAGGAACUAGUUGAAGGGGGUCGAAUGGUACUAACGAUCAUGGGAAGACGAAAUAACGAUCCAUGUGACACUGAAUAUUUAUGCGAGGAUUGGGAGGUUUUGGCUACUGCUCUAAAUGAUAUGGUAUUACAGGGGUUUAUAAAGGAAGAUCAAGUAAAUAAUUUUAACAUUCCUCAUUAUUAUCCAUCUCCAUAUGAAGUUGAAUUGGAAGUUCUCAAUGAAGGAUCAUUUGUCAUCAAUCGCAUAGAGUUGUUUGAAACAGAUAUAAGUGCUUCUAGUGAUAAAAGUGAUUUUGAUAGUGAAUCUAAAAUGUCUCGAUUAUUACUUUGUGACAAGAUUGGAUAUAAUGUCGCACGUUGCAUGAGAGCUAUUCUUGAACCUUUGCUAGUUAGCCACUUUGGUGAAGCUAUCAUUGAAGACAUUUUUAAUCGUUACUUGGAAAUUUUGAUUGAUCAAAAACCCAAGGAGAGAAAGAAUUAUGUUAAUGUUACCAUAUCAUUGACAAGAAAGGGAUAGUAUAAGCGGAUGUGGAUUGCCUACAAUCAAUGCAGCUACCCACGGUUAAUAAAAGAUGGAAAAUGAUAAUUUUUAGGUGAAUUCUUCGGUACACGUAUUAUGUGGACUUGUACCAGUACACUGCUGAGAUGGCAAGCAUUUAAUGCAUAUUUUAUUUCUUUAUUAA